CACGAAUUGAAGGCGCGAGGUGCACUUCUGUGCACCAUGAGAGCGAAAAUAACAAAACAAUCGGGUAGUGCAGCUCAGUUCAUUAUUUAUGCACGCGAUGGGCACAGCAGGUAUAAAAAGGGAAAAUUCUUGCAUAAACAAAAAAAUACUUGGCAGUACCACACAGCGAUGAGAAGAAACAGUGAACUCACCAGAAUUAUCAACGCUCUACUCAUCACGGAUACGAGAAGAAAAAAAGUGAAAAUUUGUUGUAAAUGCUUGACAGCUCAUCUUUAACGGUCAGCAAAAAACAUACGAAGGAUAAAAUGAAGAAAUGUGACGAGCAUUGGAACAAAUGAGGAAAUUAUCAACGUACAAGGCUGUACAUCCCACAACGAGAACGUGGUGAUCAUGGAUGGUUCAGGAGCGGUUAACACGCACCGUUUCUGGGCUUGAAUCUACCGUGUAGGGAAGGCUUGCUUGGUACGUGCCUGGUGGAGAGGAUCACACAGCAAUGGCAAGUUGUUGUUCCGUAUGAGUGCUGUGGAAGUGUUUGACCGCGGUAGUUGCGUGGCCCGCUUGGUGUUGAACUGCUGCUCAAAAUGAAAAGCAGCGUUGUAGCACGCGUUGAGCAGCGAAGUAAAUGCGUGCUUUUCAUUUCUUGAACAGCAGUUCAACACCAAGCAGUACGUUCUGAGAGAGCCGUGGACCGUUCCUACCUGUGCUGGGAUUGCAAUUGCAAGCGUAUUUGAAGUGACGAACACGCACUGCGGUGUUAGACAAUGCCGUGGAGGAAGAAUUGCUAGUAAUGGCAAUUGAGACGAGCACGCACUGCGGUGUUAGACAAUGCCGUGGAGGAAGAAUUGCUAGUAAUGGCAAUUGAGACGAGCACGCACUGCGGUGUUAGAAGACCUUUUCAUCCUACGUUAUCAACCUGCCAUGCAACUUUCAACUCCCUCCUUGCCAUCCCGUACCACUCUCCGUUCCCCACUCCCAUCCACAGCUCAUAAAAUAUUUUUACGAUUUACUGCCCCUGUUAUGAACGAUCAACCACUCCCUACUGUGCCAAUCAACACCAUUCACACGCCCAGUCCCGAUCGGAUAGAUGCCAUUCUAACGAUCCUCAACUCGUCCUCUACACCCGACAAGUACCAAGUCAUUCCCAUCCUUCCCCAUCUCCUACCCAUCCACGUACCCGCCCUGGUGUACUCGGUGUACACAAUGCCAUGCUACACCACAUGCACAGAUUACAUCCUUAAAAUGAUCGAUCAGCUCGAUGCAUCCAUGCUGCUGCACAUUUUCCGCUACGUAGACAGCGCUGAGAUAGAGAGCAGGUUCGCCGACAAGUUCUACUUCCUCAUGCUUGCGGUGUAUGAGCGGUUGAGGGUCAAUGCGGAGCAUGAAUGUGUGCUGUUUGAGCUGAGGAACGUGCAAAUCAAGAACUACGUGCUGAGGCGGUACGUUGAGCGCGCUUUCAAUUUCAUGCUGGUGGUUGAUGACAUGUUGAGUGCACCUUUGGGCACUCUCAGGGUGUACGAGGAGAUGGCACACUGUUUUGAGGGUGUUAGUGAUGAGCUGAAGGAAUGGUUGUUUGCUAGGGGUAGUGAACGGGGGGUUAAGCACGAGAAUAGAAGAACGGUGUACCACGUGUACGGAAGGAUAAGGAACAGCAAGUAGUGAUUUGUUAGGGUUGAUGCGCUUAGACCAGGGCUAAACUGUUGUUUAAAUCGUUUUUAAACACCACUAAAAUAUUUUAUUACGUUAUUUAAAACGGUUAGAAAUUACCGCUCGUGCUAAAGCAUAGAACCGUUCUUCGCACUGUGCAAAAAAUACGGUGUACGUAAUCAGCCGUGCUACCUGUGGUAAACGGAUCAAUAAGGAUGUAGCACGUGGAGUAGCACCAGUUAAUGAUAGGUGCUGUGUUAGAGCGUUGCUCUAAUUCUCAUUUUUACCACCUCUUCGUUUCUUACCCCGUACACCAACCCUUACUACUUCGCUAACACCCUCAUGCACCCUUCACCAAUCAAAUAUUUUAUUCCUUCCCUUUUGGUAUUUAUCACACCCUCAAUACUUUUUUUAACCGCUGAACCGGUGUGCUCAUCGCUUUUUAUUUUUUGCUUGU